AUGCCAUUUUCUGAUAUGUUUACUUUAAAUGGCACUGAUAAUACGGUCAAUAUUGAUCAUCGCAAAUCAGAUAGUUUAUCGACUAUCGAAUAUUCCUCCAGCCAAACGACCCAGCCGACAAGCGCAAUUGCUGUUCCUAGUUUAAAAAAGGGCGACCAGCUUGAUACUGCAUCUGAUCUGCCUAGUUCACCUCGAUCUUUCAACAGCCGAUACUCUGGUAGGUUUCGUGCAAGAGCAGCUACACUUGAUGGGAGUUCAAGGAUGACCGCUACAUCGCCACUGAGAAAUGGAGGCGUUGUGUUAAAUCAGCUACCUAAUCCAAUUGAAAACUCACCCAGCACCCAAGACAUUGGCUUUUCAGAUAGCGAGAGUAGUGAAGAUGAGAGUACAAUGAGACUAUUUUCGGCCCUGAAUCCAUCACGCUCUGAUGGUGACCUCUCUAAACUUCACAAUCAGAACAAGGUCAAUAGACGUACUUCGUUCAGACGACCCACUAGUGGAACCGGUAGGUAUGUGGAUGCUGUCGGGCCGGUAAAGUCCAGUUUGAUGCGAAUCGGUCAAAGACGACGAAGUUUCCCCAGUAACAUUCAUCAAGCAGGCUUAACUCGACAGUUGUCGGGAUCUUUUUUUAAGUCCGUUAUCGAUAACGAUAUUAGCGUCUUUGAUACCGAAGACGACCAGACUGCUUUAGUUCCUACCACUAUACAAUCGCCCAGUAUUGACCUCAACAAAGCUAGUAUCAAUCAUGCACACAUAUUCCUUGACCAGCUCUUAGAGUUCUUUAGAUUGCCGAAGAAAUGGCAUGAUAUCUUGAUGAAACCGCUACUGCUUUGCGCUGAGAAUAUAGAUCUUGAUGUUAAGGGUGGUGAUAGUAUCGACAUCCGCCAUUAUGUUAAAAUUAAACGAAUUCCAGGUGGAUCAAGUAAGAAUACUGCUUAUGUUGAUGGCACAGUAUUUAGCAAGUCACUAGCUCUAAAGUCAAUGCCUCGUAAGAUUAAAGACCCAAGGAUUCUCUUAAUUACGUUUCCUAUAGAAUACAGCAGAACAGAUCAACGGUUUAUGAGCUUGGAUCCAGUAUUAGCUCAGGAGUCAGAGUAUAUCAAAAAACUUGUAAAACGCAUUGUAUCGCUCAACCCUCAAGUCCUGAUAUCUUCAAGUAGGAUUAGUGGUCUGGCAAUUGAACUUUUAGCAAGAGAAGGAAUUGCUGUAGUGGCGAACAGCAAACUUACUGCCAUUUCGAGAAUAUCGCGAUAUACUCAUGCUGAUAUACUGACGUCCAUUGACAGGCUAGCAAUGAACCCACGGCUUGGAAAUUGCUCGAUGUUCGAGGUAAAUACAUACCAAUUCAAGGAUACUGCUAAGACGUUCAUUUUCAUUUCUGGGGUACCUCGUGAGUUGGGAUGUACCAUUGUUUUACGUGGAAGUGAUACUGAGACCUUGGGUAGUGUCAAAGCUGUUGUCGAAUUCUUGGUUUACGUUGUUUUCAAUUUGAAAUUAGAGACAAGUCUGAUGAGAGAUCAAUUUGUAUUUAUCCCUUCGGAUGCUGUGAGCUUAGAGAAUAAACCAGAGAGUCACAAUCAUGCAAAUGACGGUGGGUAUUUUCACGACCUUAUCCGAUCACAAGAAGGAAAAGUUAUAUCUUCAUCACCUUUUGUUCAUUUUGGAAACCCAUAUCUUCUACAAGAAGCAAGAGCAUUGGAAGAUCAGCUAGUUGCUACGGGGCAUGAUAAUGAUGAGUUGUUGGAAAACGGAGAAACUGAUUUCAAUCAAAUCAAGAAAUCCCUGCAGGAAAUGGGGUUUGAUGAUGUUCCACUACAGGAGUUUCCUGGCGGAAGCGAAAAAGCUCGAGAGAUUGUAAGUGUUAUCAACGAAGAGCGACUAGGUACGCUACGUGACUUAUGGGCCUCACAAAAACGGCAAUGGGAGCUAUAUUAUUCUCAGGCGCCAGGAAUGUUUGACCCGUUUCAUCGUCAAAGCAUUUCUCUUCUAUUUUCUGUUGUAUGCUCUGAAACCCGCACGCCCUGCGUGGGGCCCGAGCAGACAGAGAUAGAUUUUUACAGCGAUUCCGAUACAACAUUGGGUCAAUUUGUGGAGACCAUGUGUAUAACUGCUGACGAAGAGUGUCCCGAUGGCUGUAAGUACCGAUUACGGGAUCAUUUCCGAAGUUAUGUUAAUGGAACUGGUAGACUUACUGUGCGGGUGGAAAAGUUUGAAUGCAAACUCCCUGGUCUGCAAAAUACCAUUUUGAUGUGGAGCCAUUGCAAAGUAUGCCAGAACACGAUGCCAGUAUUGCCCAUGUCGGCUGCAACUUGGAAAUAUUCCUUUGGUAAAUAUCUUGAGCUUGCAUUCUACAGUACCAAGCUUUCCUUCCGUGCUGGCCAAUGUGUUCAUAAUUUGUAUCGUGACCAUGUUAGAUACUUUGGUUUUCAUGAUCUUGCAGUACGAUUUGAGUAUGAUUGCAUUAAACUACUGGAGAUUAUACCCCCUCAAUGGAAAAUGCAGUGGAAGCCUGAAAUCAGCGCAAAGCACAAGAUUGAAGUCUAUCACAGUAUUUCUGCCAAAGUAAACAACUUUUGGAAUAGUGUUUUGGAUAGAUUAGACAGAGUCGUUAUCGAUGAACUUGCUCCUGAGAAGAUGGAAGAAUGUCAGGCGAGGAUUGAUUUUCUAAGGAGUGUUGCAACAGAUGAGCGAGCAGCGGCUCUGGGUGAUCUAAAUCAGAUAUUCACUACUACACAUGUCACUGAUAUACUAGCCAUGAAUGCCAUUGUUAGAGUAAUUCAGGAACUGGUUGUAAAAUGGGAUGCAGAGUUUUUGGACUUUGAAAAUAAAUUUUUCCCGUCUGAAAAGGAUAUUACGAGGAUUACUGCGCAGCACCUGAAAAAGAUAUUUUUGACUGAUGAAUCGGUUGAUCAAAGCGACAGAACUGAUACGGGAACCGACGUCCCGCCAACUCCAAUCGUAGAAAAAGAUGAUCCUUUAAAGUCGAUUUCCAGCAACGCAGAGAAAAUAAAUGAAUCGGUGGAGGAAACAUCAGAGAAACCUGACAUGGUGCCAGUUGACAUAGAGCCCACUAAAUCGAGCAAUACUCUACUUCCUGAACCAGUCAAGUUGGAUGAUAGACAUAUUGCGUUAGCUCACCGAGAAGUUAAUGAUACUGAAGAUGUUAAAGAAAGAGAAACAAUUCUCGAAGCACUGAAACUAGCAGACAUUUAUAAUGGUCAAGGAGAAAUUGAGAAAGCCAUAGCCAUGUAUAAUCUGUACCUAGAUGGCCAUUCUAAGCUGACCCCUCAUGAUUUUGACAGUAAAUACUGCAUGGCAUUGCAGAACUUAGCUGUCUGUUACAAGAAUCAAAACCAACUCGACCUAGCCGAAAAGAUCUAUAAUCAGCUGUUGCAAGCUCGUGAAAUACAGCUUGGAGACAGUGAUCUAGAGACUCUGCGAACUAUGUAUGAUUUGGGGAUUGUAUAUAGGAACCAGGAAAAGAUGGAUCUUGCUGUUCAAAUGCUGCGUCGAUCCUUGGAUGGAAGAAUCAAAAUAUCUGGGCAUAAUAGCAAGGAUGUUAUUUCUACGGCCCAAGAACUAGUGGAUAUUUAUACAUCCCAAAGCAUGAAUAAUGAAGUUCAAGAGAUGUUAGACAUCCUGAACAGGACGUCCAACAAAUCUUCGGAGAAAUCAUCCCCGGACAUCCCUUCAAACAAGCCCAGAUUUGAUCCAAUAGAUUCAGGAAAUACUAGUCUCGAAUCGAAAACCCCCCAGCGCUCAGAUACGAGAUCAUAUAGCAUUUCUCCUGAAAAGAGAAUAGCGGCACCACUAACCCGCAGACCCAAUAGUAUUUCAUCCUUAAGCAGGCCAACAAGUCCUCGGAAGGAUUCUCGCGUCCUAGAUCAAGUUUUGAUGACCCAGCCUAGUGAUAAAGACUCUACACUUGAAGCUAUCAGAAGUUCAAUAACAUCUCCUCGACAGGAUGAUUUGUUUAGACGACCAGUCAUACCUGGAAAAGGUAGCUCUAUUCCAACAUUGGUGGAAGUGUCGUCAACUUCAAACAUACCAUUAUCCCAAGCUGCUGGACUUCGUAAUAAUGAUAAAAAGCCGAAGUUCAGGUCCGAUGAAAUCGCUUCUUUUAGCGGAGUUGGUGCUAGGAAAAAGUUUUUGUCGUCUAGAUUUGGAACUAGAGAGUUCGAAAACCAGUUGUUUUCUGGCAAAGCUGUAGGUGGAAAGACCAGAGUUUCUUCUUUGGCAAAACACUUUGAUCAGCUGUCAAUGGAGUUCGAAAAAGAACGUGCUAGAGAGAGAAAACUUCUGGCACAAGGGAGAUUCCGUGCAUUUCCUGUUACCAAAUCAAGACCGAUUGUUGAAGUAUUCAAGAAUGUGAAAGAAGCCGUCGAAGAGGUGUCAGAUGAGGAGGAUGACAGUGAGCCCCUACUAGAUCAGGCAUUGUUACUGCCGAGUGAUAGAGCUAAACGGGAUAGCCAUUGCUCGCACGAGUCCAUCGAUACAGCUAACGGGGAAUGUGCGCCACAGCCGGACCUAGAAGACAUUGAUGUCGAUGGACACACUGGUAGCUCAGGUGCCGGGGAUGAAUCACCUAAGGCAACCUCUGUGGACGAGGCUGGUGGCCAAGACGAUGCCUCUUCUGAUGGCCAGCCUGAUAUUGCUAGCAGCAGGGAGACACUGGAUUCAGAACGAUCGGAAGGCCCCGAGUUUCCGCCUACUGCUGAAAAACAGUCUCUAAUGCAAAGUUUGGCAAAUUUCUGGGCUGAUCGGUCCGCUACUGGUUGGAAUGCUUUGGAGUAUCCUCUCAAGACAUCCGAGCAUAUUUUUGCCGAUUCUGAUGUCAUUGUUCGUGAAGAUGAGCCCAGUUCUUUGAUUGCGUUCUGUUUGAGUUCUCCAGACUAUCUUGAGAGAAUGAAGAAUAGAGGUCCUCCACCUCCUAUCGAAGACUUGGAAGAUGAGGGAAAGCAUGUGAAUUUUGAGAGACCACCUAAGGAAGAACUUGAACAGUGGAUGCUGAAGAAAACAGGAAUUCAUCUGAAAUACCAAUUCCAAGAAGGUUCUGCUAGAUUAUCUUGUAAGCUAUUCUUCUCAGAACAGUUUGCAGCUUUUAGAAAGAAAUGCCUAGGGUCUGAUAAAGACUAUAUUCAAUCAUUAGCGAGAUGCAUCAAGUGGGAUUCCAGUGGUGGCAAGUCUGGAUCGGCCUUUUUGAAAACAUUAGAUGACCGUCUCGUCGUCAAAGAGCUCUCUCAAAGUGAGCUGGAUGCAUUUGUUAAGUUCGCUCCUUCUUAUUUUAAAUACAUGGCUCAAGCAUUAUUCCACGAUCUUCCCACGGUUUUAGCAAAGAUUUUCGGUUUCUAUCAAAUUCAAAUUCGGAACCCGAUCACUGGUAAAACAUUCAAGAUGGACGUGGUGGUCAUGGAAAAUUUGUUUUAUCAACAUAAGAUGUCGAGAAUUUUUGAUCUCAAGGGUUCUAUGAGAAACAGACAUGUUCAACAAACUGGCCGUGAGAAUGAGGUACUAUUAGAUGAAAACAUGGUAGAAUAUAUUUAUGAGUCUCCGUUGUUUGUGCGUGAACAUUCUAAGCGGCUGUUGAAAAACUCCCUAUUCAAUGAUACCUUAUUUUUAGCAAAGAUGAAUGUUAUGGACUACUCUCUUGUUAUCGGUAUCGAUGAAGAAGAAAAUCAAUUAGUUGUAGGAAUUAUUGGUAAGUAUUAA